AUGAGAUUGGUUUUUUUUAAUGAUAUUAAAUUAUUUAAAACUUUUGAUGAAGCUGCCAAGAUAUCCAGUGACAGGCUCGCUACGAUAUUCCCCUUUCUUUGGAAGAUUAAGAGGGUCUUCAAUAUUGGAUCAGAGAAACGCCUCAAAGAAGCAUCCUCUGAAUUACGUGAGUUCGCCAGAAACAUCAUCAGAGAAAAGAAGCAGGAACUCAGCAACAAAUCAUCCCUCGAAACCGUAGAUCUUCUAUCACGUUUCUUGAGCUCAGGCCAUUCUGACGAGGACUUUGUCACUGAUAUUGUCGUCAGUUUUAUACUAGCAGGCCGAGACACCACUUCCGCUGCCUUAACAUGGUAUUUCUGGCUACUCUCUCAAAACCCAGAAGUGGAAAAGGAAAUACUCAGAGAAAUAAAAGACAAAUCGGAGAGUCCAGUUUAUGAAGAAGUCAAGGACAUGGUCUACACACAUGCUUCUUUAUGUGAGAGCAUGAGGCUGUACCCUCCUGUCCCAAGGGAUAGCAAGGUUGCAAUGCAGGACGAUGUCUUGCCCGACGGGACUGUGAUCAAGAAGGGAAUGAGAGUGUCUUACCAUCCGUAUGCAAUGGGGAGGCUCGAGAUGUUGUGGGGUCCGGACUGGGAAAAGUUCAAGCCAGAGAGAUGGCUGCAGGGAGCUGGCGAUGGAGUUAAUAGUAAUGGGAAGUGGAGUUUUGUAGGGAAGGACCCAUACUCCUACCCUGUUUUUCAGGCCGGACCAAGGAUUUGUUUGGGCAAGGACAUGGCUUUCUUGCAAAUGAAAAGGGUGGUAGCCGGGAUUUUACGGAGGUUCAAGGUUGUUCCUGCUGCAGAGGAGGGUUUUGAGCCCGUGUUUGUCUCUUAUUUGACGUCCAAAAUGCAGGGUGGUUUUCCUGUGAGGCUCGAGGAGAGAGCUAAUUAAAUUAUCUUGAUUUCAGUACUAUUGUGUAUGAUUAGUUGUUAAUUUGCAAUUAAUAAUCGGCAGGAUUUCUAUAAUGGAUUUUAGUU